GCUUAGUGAUAAGGUGAGCUAUACAUAAAGCCCCUAUCAGCUCCCACAGACCCGGACACACUCACACACACGCACACACACACACAGAACUACAAGGAACCAGCAGACAUGGCGAGUAAGAAAACAGCAGCGAAGAGAAAGAACACCCAGCGGGCUUCCUCUAACGUUUUCGCCAUGUUUGAGCAGUCACAGAUUCAGGAGUUCAAAGAGGCUUUUGGCUGCAUUGAUCAGGACCGAGACGGUGUGAUUAAGAAAUCAGACCUGAAGGAGACUUACGGACAAUUAGGAAAACUGAACGUAAGUGACGAGGAACUGGAUGCCAUGUUGGCAGAGGGGAAAGGCCCCAUCAACUUCACGGUCUUCCUCUCUCUCUUUGGAGAAAAACUUAAUGGUACGGACCCAGAGGACACCAUUCUCAACGCAUUCAAGCUCUUCGACCCCGAGAGCACCGGCUUUGUCAAGAAGGAUGAGUUCAGAAGGCUUCUGAUGAACCAGGCAGAUAAGUUCACAGCAGAAGAGGUGGAACAGGCUUUUUCCUUGGCCCCGAUCGACGUGUCUGGGAAUAUCGACUACAAAUCUCUUUGUUAUAUUAUCACACAUGGGGAUGAGAAAGAGGAAUCGUAAAGAAAAUACAAAUAACAUAGAUGAACCUUGAACAUGUUGAAAUGGCUGUUGGAUAAAAAAAGUGCAAUUAG